GCUGCACCUCCUCCAACGGAAGUUUACGGUUGCCUAGCAACGUCAGUGCGCUAGUUUGUCACUGACAGUACGGAGCUGAGUAAUUACGGCUUUAGCUGAGUGUUGUCAAAAUUAAAGGUCCAAUGCAGAGCGCUGAGGGUGAAGGAGGCGGGGAGGAGGGGAGGGAGGAAAGCUCCAGCCAAGAAGAGAGAGACGGCCAUCUGCAGGAUGGAAGUGACAGAGCGGCAGAGUAUGGCUCACUGGAUCAGUCAGGACCAGAGCCUGAUGAACCGACCCCCCAGCUUCCCCCGGACCACAGUGAAGGGGAUGAAUACUCCCCUGCAGCCACAAAUUCAGUGCAAGAAAAUGUUGCUCAGUUAAUACCUCACCUCUCAAACCUUAACACAUCAGAAGACAUGGAGGAUCAGGAGCCACUGCCGGAGGAGGAGGAGGAGGAGGAGGAGUUCAUUGUUCUCGACUCUGAACAUCCGCUGGUCAGAAGGCAGCAAGCUGCUCUGAACAGUCAGCUCAGCAAGCAGCUAGAGAGGAUCAACAUGGAACUGAAGGAAAAGCUCGCAAUGGAGAAGGCAGAUGCUAACCACAUGCAGAACUUACAUAUUGAGAUAUUCGGGGUUCAAGAGCAGCUGGCCAGACUCCAGACCAAGCUGGAGGACCGUCAACAUACCAAGGCGGAGGCUGAGGCCAAACGUCUGCAGGCACUGGAUCAGCUGAAGGCAAUGAAGAGCCAGUUUUCCAGUAAUACCAACCAGGACAGAAAAGCCAAAGCCAAUGUGUCCCAGCUACAGGCGGAGAUAGACAACCUGAUGCUGCAUCUCGUCUUCACGCAAGGAGUCAGUGACGAUUUGCGCUCUAAUGUCAAAGCCAUGAAGAAUGUCAAAAGCAAGGCGGGAGCGGAGAAAAACCAGGCCAAGGAGCAGAAAUUGAAGCAGGAUUUGUAUGUAGAGCGUCUAACAAAGGACAUGGAGAGCCUGACGGAGCAAAUAGCCAUGUAUGAAGUUCAGGCCAAGGCUCAAGCAGAGGAGACACAGGCAGCCAAAGCAGCUCUCUCUGAGGCUGAGAUGGAAAUGGCAUCUCUGGCAAUGGCGCGUAAACAGCUGCUGCAGCAGUGGAGCGGUAGCCUAGUGGGAAUGAGGAGACGAGAUGAGGCCUUCAGCGCCAUGCAGGAAGCUGUGUGCGCUGUUGAUCACCAGGUGAUCUUGCUGGACAGAGAGAUUGAAGGCUACAAGAAAUCCACCGCUGAAGAGCAGGAGCAAAAUGAGACACUAACUAUGCAGCUGAACUGGUCCCAGAUGGACUGUGCCACCUCCAAAAAGCUGAUCAGUCAGAAGCAGGCUAAACAAGAGGCUCUGCAGGCCCACUACAGCACCUGCCUCCGUACUCUUAGGGAGACAGAGCGCACCCUCGCCAGGCUCACUAAGGAAACCAGCGCCCACCAGACUGAACUGAACGAUCAGAGGAGGCAGCUGGAGAAAGAGAGUUCUGUGCGUCUGGAGUUGGAGGACCAGAUCAUGACCCACAUGCAGCAGAAGCUCACCCACAACAAAGCUGUCAAGUACUCCCAAAGGCUCACCAGCAAGAUAGCAUCACUCAAGAAGGAGAAGGUUUCUCAGUUGUGGCAGCUGGAGAACUGUGUAGUGGUGGUGGGACUGGAGAGCAGCAAGCUCAGCCAACAUCUGGACAGCCUGGCCCACACCCAGGAGGCCCUAGACAAGGAGAUCGAAAAGUACAACAACUUGCUGACAUCCAACCAGGCUAAGAUUUCUUCCUUUGUUAUGCAAAUCAGGCAGAAUCAGUCCACCAUCAGCAGCUAUACCAAAAAAAUCAGUGAAAUUGCAGCCAGCACUGGGCAUGAGGACCUGAGUCCUCUAGAUAUCAAGAUAGAGACAUUGAUGGCUAAGAUUGAGGAGCUGGCAGCGAAUAUCCACAGUGACCUGAAGCUCUGGGUGAAACGACAAGAGACUCUAGUAGGACUGACCCAGGAGAUAGAGGCCAACAGCAAGGACAUGCUCAAACUGCAAACAGAGUACACUGUCAUGCAGCAGAAGAAAAUACGCUUGGAGAGUCAGAUUGAAGUGGAGCACCGUGAGGAGAGGGAGCUGGAGAAGAAUGCAAAGAUGCUGAAAGGAGACCUGCUGAAGCUCAACACCCUGCUGAGCAAGAACGGACAGCUCAGCCUGGCACUGGAGCAGGAGAACACACUGAUGGAGACAGACUUCAUUCACAGACUCAAGGAAGCAGAGUGGGAGUCUAUUGAGAUGCAGAUGAAGCACGAGAAGACCCAGGAGGAAAAAGAGAGACUCCUCAACACUCUGGUGGAGGCUGAGCGACAGAUCAUGCUGUGGGAGAAGAAGAUCCAGCUUGUAAAAGAAACUCGUUCAGCUGUCGACUCCGAGGUGGGCCAGGGAGAAAUGAAGAUGAUGAAGGCUGAAAUACACCGCAUGGAGGUGCGACUCAACCAGCUGAUGAAGCAGCAGGAGCAGCUUCUGAGGGAGAGUGAAGCAACAGUGGCGAGGAGGGAGACCAUCGUCCUGCGCAGGGAAGCCAUGAUCCACAGCUCCCACAGCUCCCACAAACAGACCACAAAGGGCGAGCUGAGCCGCAUCAUACAGGGCCUGCAGCGCAAGAUCCAGGACACACACAAGCAUGUGGUAGAGUGUGAGCAAGUGAUCAGGGAGCUACAGGAGAGCCAGGUGAGUCUAAGCGACGGGCUUGCGCAGCAGAAGCAGCAGCUGAUAGAACUCUGCAGCACCAGCUACACCCUUGACCCCGAUUUUGUAAAUCUCCAGGACACCAAAGACAGGAACUUAUCCCACCUAGUGACUCUACAGAACCGGACCAAGAAGCUGCAGGGGGUGCAUGAGGGCAGCUACAAAGCCUCGUCCACCAGCGAAUCUGUCGACGCCGCUCUGCAGAGCCAGAAGGAGCGUGUGCACGCUGCCAGCAGCAUCUUGCACCGCGUGUGUGAGGAGUUCCCCCAGCACCAGGGGGCGCUCCGCAGGCUGUCGCUAGCACUGGCAGCACACACACAGGCCCUGUAGCCCAAGUCCUGAGAGUGAGGGGAAGAUAGACAUGGCAGUGAGUACAGGAGAGGGAGUGCAGAGGAUGGAAAGGGAGUAAAAAUGAGGCAAAGAUUAGAAGGAAAGAUUAGCUAAGUGAUGACCUGAGAAGAGUGAGAGGUGAUUUGUUUUAAUGUUUGCAUUCUUCUUAUGCUUGGAAUGUAAUAAAAUAAAGAUUUAUUAAACAGUAAUACAAAUAACUGAAUCCUUCAUAGCGUUUGGCUUUUUCAGUCCAGUUGCCAGUAUGGGAGCUUUUAAACAAUGAAAGGUUAGUAAAUACAAUAGGAGUUGCUAGUGACAUUGUGUCAACCAUUAAUGCAGCAAUGACAUAAAAUCUAACUGGAUACCUGAAACCAUUCAGUACAAUCAUGCAUCGAGCUCAUACACCUGUUAUGUGUUUAGUUACUGAAACAAGGCGAAACAGCCGCACAUUUAAGCUCUUUAUAUCCUGUGUUAGGUCAUUAUGCUCAUAUUUCAUAGAUGCUUAAUUCUCUUCACCGCCUCAUGCGUUUUUAAUAACUAUUUCAACAGUGUUUAGUGACAUCCAUCGCAUAACUUACUUAUUUUCCCUUUGUCUACUUUUUGCAUCAUCUUAAUUUUAGGUAAAGGUCCUCAUUUAGAUUAAUUUAUGUGCACAAAACAUUCACAACAACAACACAACAACUGGAAAUGCAGUCUUGUUUUAGAAAACAAAUCCCUUUUUACAUGAAAUAUACAAACCGCACCUGGUUGUCUAAAUAAAGAAUAAAUAAAAAGAAAUAGUGUUAAGUGAAUGUAACUGGCCUCCACCAACAACAAUAUACAAAAAGGAAUGUGUGGAGCUACUGUGCUGCUCUGCACUGUGUCAAGGCUCCAUUACAUUUAUUACUGUCACGUGCCGCGGCGCAGGGCUCUUGCGUUCAUUGUUAUUGUUGGGUCAACUCCGCCAUUUGCAGUGAAUUGUAGCAAACAUGUUCAGCUGGGGUAGUUCUGUUUUAGGACAUCUUGUGGAUCUCGAACAUACAGUAGCUUUAGCUGAGUAGGUAGGCAAUAUUACUGUAUUUAAUUAUCGGGGAGCAAUUAAAGCUGGAAUCUGAAAUAUGUUUUAAUUAUUACAGUAAUAUAGUGUUCAUUCAUCUGUGUGGGAGUGCAUAAUAAAACAAAGCACCUGCCAUCACCAUAGGUGGAGAUGUUACUCACAUACAUAGUUAAGCCUGUUCACAGUAGCAGCACUGUGGCAAUGCGUUUCACUCCAUGUCUGCAUUCAAAUCAACAACAUAUGGCACGUGUCCAAUAUCUGGCGGCUUUAAAGAGCUGACCCAAGUAGCUGCAGGCUGUCCUUGAUGGCAGCACAUCUGCUGUAGGCUAUGCAGCAGCGACAUGAUGUGAUUUAAACACUUACAAAUCUAAAGCUCCUGCAUGGGUGGCCACUGAGCCUCGUGCAAUGCUGUGGAACUGGCUCCUCAGAUUGCGUGUUCUCUCUCACUGUUUGGACUUUCCACAGCACGCCGGGGGCACCCUGCAGACUGUCGCUAGAACUAGCAGCAUGCAUGCAUAGGCCCUGGAGCAAGCAGUGAAUACAAAGAACCCAGUCUUCUCUUACUCAAACUCCUUCUCACACUCCUCUGGCCUUAAUAUCUAUCCUAGAUCUAAACUCUGAAACACCAAACCCAUAUAGAUAUCUUUAAUGUACUCUUUAAAUUGCACCUUAAGCAUUGGUCUCCCAUCAAUAGUUUCAUACAUCAUUAUAGAUAGCUUGCACUUCCUUAAAGUUUUAAAGAAAGUGAAGAUAGAUUUUUCAUCAUUUCAAUAUAUGCUAAUUUGAAACUAGCGUAUAUUUUGUAAUACAAAUAUUGAGUUGUUAGCCUGUGCUGUUUUAUCUGUCAACUUCUUUAUCAUCUGAGACCUGUUUAGUGAAAUAAUUAUGCCAAACCAACUCCCAAUCAUGUGAACUGCUUGUUGGAUACAGACCAGGUCCAGCCCAGAGCAGGGUUCGGUCGUGAUUAUUGGAUUAAUACCAUCAUUAGAAAGUCCUUUCCCAGUAACCUGCAGGGUUAUGACACUUGUGCAGUGUGUGCAUGCUUUUAGUCUGACCUAAUUAUGUGACCAUAAAGUGUAAAUAAUACAACUUUGAAAGAAGAAAUAUAACACUCUUUCUCUUAUUAAAUUUAGAGUUCGUAAACAAUAACAUAUGCCUUUGCUCAGUUGAAUACAAUAAAUAGAUGCUGCUGUAUAUCUGA